AUGAGGAUUUUUAGACCGUGGAGACUACGCUGCCCUGCCCUGCAUCUGCCCUCAUUCCCUGUGUUCUCACUAAAGUGGAGUUUGCCCUCCCUCACCACUGACGAGGACAUGUGUAAAAGUGUGACCACAGGUGAAUGGAAGAAAGUCUUCUAUGAGAAGAUGGAAGAGGCGAAGCCAGCUGACAGCUGGGACCUCAUCAUAGACCCCAACCUCAAGCACAAUGUAUUGGCCCCUGGCUGGAAACAGUACCUGGAACUGCAUGCCUCAGGAAGGUUCCACUGUUCCUGGUGCUGGCAUACCUGGCAGUCGCCCCACGUGGUCAUUCUCUUCCACAUGUACCUGGACCGCGCCCAGCGUGCGGGCUCGGUGCGCAUGCGCGUCUUCAAGCAGCUGUGCUAUGAAUGCGGCACUGCGCAUCUGGACGAGUCGAGCAUGCUGGAGGAGAACAUCGAGAGCCUGGUGGACAACCUCAUCACCAGCCUGCGCGAGCAGUGCUAUGGCGAGCGUGGUGGACAGUACCGCAUCCACGUUGCCAGCCGCCAGGACAACCGGCGACACCGUGGCGAAUUCUGCGAGGCCUGCCAGGAGGGUAUCGUGCACUGGAAGCCCAGCGAGAAGCUGCUGGAGGAGGAGGCGACGACCUACACCUUCUCCAGGGCUCCCAGCCCCACCAAGCCGCAGGCUGAGGGUGGCUCAGGCUGCAACUUCUGCUCCAUCCCUUGGUGCUUGUUUUGGGCUACUGUCCUGCUGUUGAUCAUCUACCUACAGUUCUCCUUCCGUAGCUCCUUCUAA